AUGGUUAUCCUGAAAACAGAGUUCAAAGGCGACCGGAGAAAUAUUCCUCUGGCAAACGAGCAGCUUACCUUUGAUGAUUUACUACUCAUGCUCUGCAGGAUUUACUCAGCAGAUAUUGGAGACGAUGAUGUCGUAAAGUACCUUGACUCUGAAAAUGACUGGAUUACGAUGAACGACACUAAUGAUCUCAGCUUUGCGAUCCAGUUGGCCCAAGAUGACGGAAGAAAGUUCUUGAAGAUUAAAGUCGGUGGUGGAAGCUCCGAUGUUCCAGAAGAUGUUCUCGCUGAUUUACGAUCUAUUCGUGAUGGGGCGAUCGGACUGAUAGGGACUUGUAACAAAUAUUUGAGGAAAUAUCGUCUCACUGGUGCAAAUAGCUCAAAGUCCUCUGCAUCCGAAAGUCUUCCCGUUGUUGCUCCAGAAAGUGUACCCAAACAAGAAGUUGCCGAGCAAUCAUCGGUCCUGGAAUCAACUCCCCAGCCGGAGCCUGAGAAGCCAGAAGUUUCUGAAUUUGAUCCUUACAACCAAACUUCUGUCGAUCGACCAUCGUCCCAAGCCUCCUUCGCCCCUUCCACAGCCUCUUCUUUCCAGCAACAACAGCAGCAGGCUCCACCAACUCCCCAAGCUCCAACGGCUCAAGUUCCAGAGCCAACUCCAGUCCAAGCCGAAGUUCCAGCGCCCGUUCCAGUUGCCCCUUCUCAGUCUACUCUUGAAAGCUCUUUUGCCGAUACUUCCAGCGCGCAAAGUUUUGAGCCAACUCCUGCACAGACAAACUCUAAUCCGUAUGCAGCAUUCAAUUCAUCCGCAAACUCGUCCUCAGCCCCUUCCCCUUUCCCCGGCGGUGACAACCAAAACUCUCUUCAUGGUCAACCCCAAGCGUCUUCACAAGCAUCUGCAUUUCCACCUUCUCAAGUUCAACAAAUUCCACAGUCCGUUGUCGCUCCUCCUAAGGCUCAGCCAGUAGAGAAUCAAGCAAAGCCUCCUCAAGCAGCGCCAACUCCUGUUCAGCCUCCAGCUUCUGGAGCAGGGGCGUACUUCUACGGACAAGAAGCUGCUAAGCAACAAACACCCGUUUCUCAACAGCAGCAACAACCCCCGGCAGUGAGCCAACAGCAACAAUUGUAUCAGCAACAACAACAAGCGUACCAGCAACAAUAUCAACAGUACUAUGCUCAGCAACAGCAGCAGCAACAACAGCAACAACAAAAUGGUUAUCCACAGGCUUCCCAAGCGCAACAACAGCCAAAUAUGGGAUAUCAGCAGCAAUACGCUGCUCCACAAGCUUCGGCCGGACCCCCACCAUCUGCAGCACCUCCAUCAGGACCACCAAUGGGCGCCCCUGCCGGUGGAUACAGACUAAACCGAGGCUCAAGAAACGUACGACCCGGCUAUCCGCAAUAA